AUGUCAGAAGAAAUUUAAUAAUCAAAUUCUGGUUAAUAGCUGAUUACUAAUUAUUUUAAUCUAAAUGCUGAAAAUUCAAUAGAUAGAUAAAAAUAAAUGAAAAAAAGAAAAAAUGAAAAUGAAAUUUCAAAAAAAAAAAUUAAUACUAAAUCUAAAAGUGAUGAAGAAUCAUCUAAUGAUAAUCUGCCUUAAGCAUAAACUAAUUUACCAAAUUGUUAAAAGAUCUAAAAAUAUUUUUAAAAUACAAAAGAUUUUAGUAAUGAAGCGGGCAAUUCAGGGAAAACUUAAAUAUAGAAAAAUUUAGAGGAAAGCAAAUAAAAAAUGAAUUCUAAUGAUAUAACCAAUUAUAUGAAAUCAAAGGAGGUUAAAAUAAUUUAACAAACCAGUUUAAAACCAUUAGAUGAAGAAGCCAGCAAGUUGUAAUAGAAAUUAUAAGAAAAAGAUCAAAUUGAGAAACAAUUAAGAUAAGAGAAAUAACAAUUAGAAAGUGAACGUUAAGAAUUAAUUUUAUAACAUAAUGCUUUUAAAAAGCGUACUUAAGAUGUAUUUGCAGAAGCAUUAAAAUAAGUUGAAGAAUUAAAGCGGGAAAAAAUGAGAGAAUAUUUAGAAAGGGAAAGGUAUAGGUUAGGUGAGUUUGUCAGUUCUAGGAACAAUGUAAGAUUUGUAGAAGAAUGGUAAGAUGGAUAUGAAAUUAAAUAAGUUAAAGAAACUUUAUAAAAGUUAGAAAAUGAAAGAAAUUCAUUAGAGAAAUAGAAAAAUGAAAUAAAGGAUAAAUUUUCAUCAAAAAAUCAAAAGGAAAAAUAAAAUAAACUUUUUGAAUUAGAUUUUGUAAAUGGAGAUUUAGAUGCAAAUUAAAGAAAAUUAAGAAUUCAAUUUUAAUUAAGUAUUUUAAAAAAAGAAGAAGAAGAAGUGAGAUUAAAGUUAAUAAAAUUAGAAGAAGAAAAAUAAUAAUUAGCUUAUAAAACAAGAAGAUUUAUGGAAGAAUAAAAGUAAUUUUGAAUCCAAACUUUAGUUGCCGAUAUUACCGAGCUGAUCCUAGAUGGCCAUUGAUAGCAUAAAGAUAUUAAACUUUAGGCUUAUUAGGAAAAGGCGGAUUUUCAGAAGUUUAUAAAGCAUUCGAUUUAUAAGAAUACAGAUUAUGUGCAUGCAAAAUACAUUAUUUAAAUCCUCAAUGGAAUGAAAAUGCAAAAAAUAAUUACAUAAAACAUGCUUUGAGAGAAAAUGAUAUUCAUAAAAGAUUAAAGCAUGUUAAUAUUGUAUCUCUGUAUGAUACUUAAGAAAUUGAUUAAGACUCUUUUUGGUAUAUUUAUGAUUAAUAAGAAAAAGCACUGUUCUUGAAUAUUGCGAUGGAACUGAUUUAAAUUAACAUUUAAAGAAAUAUAAAAUUCUUUAAGAGAAAGAAGCCAAAUUGAUAUUGAGACAAGUUUUAGCAGCUUUACAUCAUAUGAGUUGCAGUCCAACUAAAAUUAUUCAUUAUGAUUUGAAACCUCAAAAUAUUUUAUUUCACAAAGGAGAAGUCAAAUUAACAGAUUUUGGGUUAUGUAAAGUGUUAGAUUAAGAUACUACAAGAUAAGAGUUAACUUCAUAAGGUUUAGGAACUUAUUGGUAUUUACCUCCAGAAUGUUUCAUGGAAUAGCCUAAUAUACAAAUUAGUACAAAAGUAGAUGUCUGGUCAAUUGGAGUAAUUCUUUUUGAAAUGGUAUUUGGAAGAAAACCCUUUGGGGAAGGAAUGUCUCAAGAACGAAUUGCUCAAGUAAUAAUAAAGUGAUUCUCUUUAGGAAAGAGUUAUUUUAAAUUCUUUUUAAGUUAAGUUCCCUUAAAAACCCACAGUAUCUCAAGAAUGUAAAGAUUUUAUUCUAAAAUGUCUAACUUACAAUAUGGAGGCAAGAUGGAAUAUAACAGAAGCUUUCUUCAGCAAUUAUAUAUAAAGUUGAAAAAUA